AUGGCAACAAACACCGAACUAGAGAGGGUGACUCAUCAACGGAUGCACAAUUAUAGGGGGUGUGCCAUUGUGGAAAUUCGACACCUGGUCUUCGAAGAGGAAGGGGUUCUGGGGUCCAAGCCUUUCGAUCAGAGAAAUGUCCAAGACCUUCUGCAAACGUUCGAAAUGGUUGGCUGCCAAAAUCUUGAGCCGGAGCAUCGGGUUUCGGUAAUAAUUAGCGAUGAAGCUCUGAAAAAUAGCCUUGAGCGAUCACAGGCUACUCAGAACCUGCUGAUGGACUGCGUGAAUCCACCAACCCUAAAAUUCGACGAUGAUGUCCGCCUAGUGUGCAUUCAUGGGAAGCAUCGUCUGACAGCAGGGGAGCUAUCUGGAACAACGACAUGGCUGGCUGAUUUGUACCUCGACGGUAAAUGA